AUGCUGUUUACCGCUGAUUAUAAUAUGCAUUACAUAACUGGCUUCCAUGGAACUCAUGGAAAUCCCAAAUUCUGAAGACAGAAUGAGAUGCCAAGAAGGACUUGUAUAUAGGUAUGGAAAUACCAGCAUUAACAGUGAGGUGCAACAGAAUGAAAGUGACUCUGUGCAGUUUGAUGACAUUUUGAAGCAUAUUGGUGAAUUUGGGCCCUGGCAAAGAGCCAUUUACUUCCUGUCAUGUUUUUUUGUCCUUAUACCGAGUGGACUGCACACAGCUGGGGUGCCGUUUAUCACAGGAACACCAAAGUUUCAAUGUGCAACACCAAAUGUGGUGUGUGAAGUAAACAAAUGUUGCAAAAACUGUACAAAAUAUGCAUUUAUUGGACCUUAUGCCUACAACAGCACAGUUACUGAGUACAACCUUAUUUGGGAUAGAGCUUUCAUUGGUGCUAAUGUACAGGCAGCAUUUGGUGCAGGAAUGUUGGUUGGAUCAUUUAUCUUUGGAGCAGUCUCUGACAACUUUGGAAGACGGUCUUGUAUGCUGUUGUGUUCUAUUCUAAUGACACUAUUCAGCCUGGGUGCCAGCUUUGCUAAAUCCUUGGUCCUUUUCGCUGUCCUCCGAUUUUGUACAGGAGCCUGUCUGACGGGUUUUUUCGUGGCUCAUUAUGUGUACAUCCUGGAGCUUGUUGGUCCAACCUUCCGCACCAUGUCUUCAAAGUGUUCAGGGUUCUUUUGGGCGGCUGGAUCUGGUGCUAUUGCUCUAAUGGCCUAUUACAUCAGAGACUGGCGCACACUGCUCCUUGUGUCCAGCUGUCCUCCAGCUCUUUUCCUGCUUUUGUGGUUGUAAGUUAUCCAUGGAGUGUCGUAAAACCAAAAGCAAAGUUAUCCGGCACAACAACCAAUCAAUAUAAUGAAA